AGUGUUCACAUCAUAUUAGUUUUCCAGUACAGUUAGUAAGCGCUACUGACUGCACUGGACAAGUGUCAAGUGGCAUUAAGCAUUGCUAAAUGAUUGUAUGUGGUCAGUCCGUGGUAUGUCGUGGCGGAGUGCGGACGUCAUGGCGGGGAAUUACAUUGCUCGUGCACUGAUAGCAUUGUUUACGUCCAGUUUUUGUUUAGUCGAAGCAUAUACAGUUCCACCUGCAAAGCUAGAAGCGAUAUAUCCUAGAGGACUGAGAGUUUCAAUUCCAGACGAUGGUUUCACACUGUUCGCCUUUCACGGGAACCUGAACGUGGAAAUGGAAGGUUUGGAGGCAGGACAAUGGGCUAGAGAUAUAACCAAAGUUAAGAAUGGCAGAUGGACAUUUAGAGACAGGAAUGCUGAACUAAAACUAGGAGAUAAAAUCUACUUCUGGACUUACGUUAUAAAGAACGGUCUAGGUUAUAGACAAGAUAAUGGAGAAUGGACUGUUACUGAGUUCGUGAAUGAAGAUGGUACACCUGUGAACACAAAUAACUUACCUCCACCCACAAGUACAGUUAGUUUUAUACCUUCAUCGGUAACAGUGCCAACUCCCACAUGCCAGCAGUCUCUAACCGCGGUGCUAGGACGGGGUCGCAUCUGUCGAGGUGAUCUACUCUUCAAUGAGGAAUUUGAUAAGAAUAAUAUCAAAGAUUUAUCAAAUUGGCUGCCCGAAGUGAUGUUUCCACAGGAACCGGAUUAUCCUUUCAACGUGUAUCUUGCUGAUGGGACGCUGCGGCUCGAAAAUGGAAUGCUAAUAAUUUCUCCAGUACUUUUGGAGACGAAAUAUCAUCCAGGAUUUUUAAAUGGUGCUUUAGACCUGACUAACACCUGCACAGGUAUGAUCGGCACGUGGGAAUGUUCUCGAACAGCGUCCGGUGCGCAAAUCCUGCCUCCAGUUGCAACAGGAAAAAUAACAAGCAAAAAUAAGUUUAAUUUCAAAUACGGUAGAGUUGAAAUUCGCGCGAAACUACCGACUGGAAGUUGGCUUGUACCAGAAAUAAACUUAGAGCCCCGAGAUAAUACUUAUGGUAAAACAAACUAUGUAUCCGGUCUCAUAAGAAUAGCGUUUGCAAAAGGCAAUGCGAUUUAUGCUAAAAAGUUAAACGGAGGACCGAUUUUGUCCGACUUGGAACCUUACAGAUCUUAUAAUAUGAAAAGUAAAAUAGGGAUAAGCAACUGGAAUAGAGAUUUCCAUAAUUACAGCUUCGUUUGGAAACCAGAUCGUUUGGAGUUUUACGUGGAUGGAGAUAUGUACGGUACAGUGGACCCUGGCGAAGGUUUCUACAACACGGCAAGUCAGAAAGGUGUCACACAAGCGUGGCAUUGGAUACAAGGGACAGUUUUGGCACCUUUGGAUCAAAUGUUUUAUUUGUCCCUUGGUCUUCGUGUUGGUGGCAUUAACGAUUUUGAAGAUGGCACAGACGUUGAGAAACCUUGGAAGAAUGGCGGCAGGAAAGCAAUGUUUGACUUUUGGAAUGCCAAAGAUGUCUGGUUCCCUACUUGGUAUGACGCUGACAUGAAAAUUGAUUACGUUAGAGUUUAUGCUUUGUAACGCUAUACUUAAAUAAAAAAGAGCGUUCGCACACAUUUGACUAAACUAUCGCACAACUGUUUAGUCUUGCUGUGAUUUUACUCGAUUUUCUUGUGAGAUUUGUAGAAUUAAACAGUAGAAGGCUGCAAAACAAUCGACAAUCGCACAACAGUUGUGCGAUUGUUUAGUCCAAGGUGCCUGACAAUGCAAGACAUUUAAAUAAUAUAUAGACAAGACAGAGAACAAUUUUUUAUCUCGGGUACUUUGUCGGUUAUCAAGUUUAGUGUCACCUCGUGUAAUGAAACAUUUUACAAAAUCAUACUAAGUUCCAUCUAUUGUUGGAAAAAAUAAUUAAACGGCAUUAAUGCGAAAGUUAAGAUGGAUGGAUGGAUGUUGGAGUUUGUAGCGUAAACGGCUGAACGAAUCUCGAUAUCGAUAGAUAAUAUAAUAAAAUGUGAAAAAUGUUUCAAGUGAAGUGUCUAUGUCGACUCUGUAUCUUUUUGAAUAUCUUUGUUUGCAAAUAAUUUACAGACAUGUUUUAUAUUGUCGAGAAAUAAGGCCUCAUUUUCACUAAGAAAUAUAUAUUCAAUUGUAUCUCCGUUAAAUAAAUAAUUUUACUUAUGGCGUAUGAAAUCGACUACCAUUAUUC